AUGAAUUACGAAAAUCCACCACCAUAUUCAGGCGUAAACCCUACAGCUCCUUACCCUCCAUAUGGACAACCGCAAGGUGGCCCAGGUCCUACUCAGUAUCCUGGUUACCCUCCAGGCCCUGUAGGCUAUCAACCAGGGCAACCAGGCUAUCAGGGUUACCCACAGUAUGGCUGGCAAGGUGGCCAACCCCCUGCUCCAGUUUACAUGGAUGCUCCUAAAAAUACAGGUAUGAAUGAAAUGUAA